GUGCAUUGUUCUUGCCUCCCCCCUCCAUUGGCGCCAUGCUCGGCCGCCUCAUGCUCUUUGCGGCGUUGCUGCUGGUGCUGCACACCGCCUACUCGACCUAUGAGCACCUCUCACAUCUGAAGGCUAUGGGACGGCCGGAAGGCUCUCUGCCCUGGGAUAUCCAAGCGGAGGCCUUCAUCGCGCUGAUCCUCGGCACACUCGGCGCAUGCCUGCGCAUACCACCGUUGAAGGAGAUCUCAUGGGCGAGCGAGAUGAGGACGCGAACUAUCGACGACUUCGACUCCCGGUUAGGCUUCGCGAGCUACGUGAACCGGGGGAAGCACAUCUUCACCAAGCGAUAGCAAGCCAUGUACAUUAUAUCCUUCCUAGACUGGUAUACAAUGGGUUCGAACAUACUGCAACUCUGCCAGUGUUCCUCCAAGCCACUCAAGCUCCACACCAGCUAUACAGCUCACAAAACUACUCUUAAGCCUCAAUGCCCCUUCAGCAGAUCUGUAUACAAUGGCCACGGCUUCCCCAUCCACGUUGGCAGCUCCGUGUGGUCCCUGUACGCAUCGUCC